CUCGUAGCCACACACCACAACUCUGUAUACACCUGCUUAAUAAUUGACCCCUCUCUUUCUCUCUCUCACUCUCUCCUUGCUCCAAUUUUCUAUUGUUUCCCUUUCCCGGCUAGUUUCAGAUUCCAUCUUCGGAGACAUCCAUAGGCAGCUGAAUUCGGGCGUUUGCUUGCUUUUCGAGGUUUAAUAUUCAUUUUUGUUGGUCAAUAUGAUCUGGUUUUUAAGGUCGCAAGGGAAUUUGCUGCAUCUUGUGGAAGAUUUUGGUCUGUACUUGGUGCGCGUCUGCGUGUAGAUAGUUUGUGUUGUAGAUGAAAUUUUGAAGAUGAAGAUUUAAACGGAAUCCGAGUUUUAUAUUCCUGCAAAAGAUGAGUUCAGCUACGGAUAGUCCUGGGAAGAGUAGACAAGUUGUAGAAACAUACCAGCCUGUUUGGAUGGCUCAUUGGAUCCGACCACUCAGUAAUGCAGCAGCAGAGAGAUGUAAGGCCACCGGUGCUUUUGCAGAUGAUCAAUGUCAUGUUGUAUCUAGAACCAGUGAUUUCUCAAAUGCAUUGGAACCUGCUAGGAAUGUCAACAAAUUAAAGGUGGUUGACCCUAAGACCAUUGAAUCUAUAAAAAGCUUGGAAAAUCAGAUUCCAUGCCAAGAAACUGAUAGUGAGGAAGCAUCAAGACAAGAGUUUGGUCACAACCCUGAGCGAGGGAAAGCCAUUAAGUUUAAAACUGGGAAUCAGUUAUCUUCUGGGAUUCCAGCUGCCAAUGAAGCAUAUUUUGAGAGAUGUUAUCCUCCAGGUGAAGGAACUUCGAAAAAUCCCCAAAAUUGGGUAAAAGCUCAUUCAUCUACAGACUUUGCAUCAAUAAAGCUUUCUAAGGAAGCCUUUGAAUCAUCGGCUCAUAUUCAGCCACACUCCAAUCUUGAAAGCCUCAACUUUGGCACAGGAAAAGCCGUAGCAUCUCUAUUGUUUAAGAGACCUUCUGUUUUAGCAGAUGAUCAACUGCCAAAUCCUAAAUUGAGAAUGCUUAAACACGAUCACUGCUGCAAGGACGGGUCAUUCAGGAAUUUUAAUAAAAUUUCACUAUUUAAUUCUCCAUCCAUGAAUGAGAAACAUCUUCCAUUGGUUGGUCAAGACCCUCUUCCAGAGGUGCAGAAGUGUCCAGGUAUCCCACUGCUUCCAAGACAACAGUUCAUAGCUUCAGAGAACACAGAAUCAAAGCAAUCACAUUACAAUUUUUACUCCAUACAGAAGCUGCCGACUUGUGUUCAAGAUAUAGAAACGAUGAGAAUAUGCACCACUGUGGAUUCAGUAGAAGCUACUCCUGAAGGUUUUCCUAGAAUUUCAAAGACCACUAACAGUUUGCUAAUCACAAAAAAGACUGAUGCCGAUUUGUCAAAGAACCUUUUUAGAAAGAAACAGUUGAUUACUGAAAUGAAUGGGAAAUCACCUCGUGAUAUUCAUACUCAUAGUAUGUGGCCAUUUUCCAGUCAAGGCAAUAGAGGAGUCACACUGCAACCUCUUUGUAGUUCUUCCAACAGUGGUGAGAAAAUAUAUGUUGAAGAUGCCAAAGCUUCUAAAGCUUCUAAAGUCACAAUAAAAAACGAAUCAUCAGCGGAUACAGAUACCAUGGACAUGGAUAUUUUUAAGGAGGAAAAUUCAAAUUCUGGUGGAAAUUGUAACCCCUCAAUUAAGAUUGAUGCUGUUGCUUCCCAAGAAUUUGGAUGUCACCAGAAAAACACGGGGAUACCUGAUAUCAACCUAGACCUACCUGCAUUGCCAGCUAGCACAAGCUCAUCAGAGAAUGCUCAUGGUAGCCCGUCAAGGACGCAAAGUUUGGAGAUUGACAUGGUCCAGGCAGAGGCGGAGCAGCCUAAGCGUAAAUCCAACCCUUGUAUGGACGAAACUGAUCCAAUCAUGAGAUGGGUGAAGCGGCUGAAGCUGAGAUCUCCGAGCCCAAGUUCAGGUGAAAACUCUUCUUCCGAAAAAAUGGGGAAGCUUUUAAGAAUAGUGGAUAGUGGCGUUGUUAGCUCAGAACCAACUCCACCCAAAGAAGUAAGCACCCCAACCCCAACCCCAACCCCAACGGAGAUUAUGUCAGACACAGAGACUACUACGACGUUAAAGGAGAAGAGGCGGUUGCUGCUUUCGCAUGGUUGGAUUAAAAGAUGGUUGCAGCAGCAGAAAAAUGAUGAGUGUAAGGAGACCGCUACUACUACUAAAACACUAAGCAAAGAAGGUGAAGGUAUAGGUGGUGAGGGUCAACGUGAGGAGGACAUCGAUAACAAGGAGGAGGAGGGGGAGGAGGAGUUCCCUCGAAGGAGGGGGAGGAGGAGCAUUGCAGCGAUGGCCCUGAUGGGAAAAGCUUUGAAUGGUUUGCAGUCGUGUGAGCUCCAAAAGCAGGGGUCUUUAACGGUCUGGAAUGUCCAAGGCAUUCUCGAAACGAAAACACUCUAGUACUAGUACUGGUGGUGGUUGUUGAUCAGAUCAGAUCAACUCAUCUUCUCUUCUCUUCUCUUGUCUUGGCUGCCACUCACUCCUCCAAAUGACAUGCUUUCAUCUUCCUUAUAUAAGUAACUCUCUCUAAGUUUCUCCUCAUGUUAGUUGAGUUACCACACGCUGUUGUUUGUUUGUUGUAUUUUGAUUUGUUUGUUUUGUGUACUCGUCUUUUUGUUUUUCUUUAUUUCUCUGAGCGUGGAAUAGUUUAUGAAAUGAUAUAAGUAAAUAUUGAUGUGA